ACUCUGAAUAUCUAUGUAAAUGUUACAUUUCUGAAUGGGCAAAUUAUUUUCCAGCCAGUCCACUAGUAAUAGAAUUGCUUCACCACCAGCUGCUCAAGAGAUAAAUCUUUCCAAACUAGGCUCUUCAUGUUAAAAGUCACACGUAUGCCGUCACUAUUUUGCUCAUGUGUUUUUAUUAUUAUUGUGAAAUAUAAAGUCAGUGAUGCUGUCAGUUCUUCCCAAUGUCAGUCAGCUUUCUUCGUUAAGAUGAAACCGCAACAUGACAGUCACAUAUAGUGUUUGUAUCUAAUCUAAGUUUUGUUCAGUUCAAGCACUUAGAACUUUAAAAAAAACAUCAGCAUACAUUAUUGACAGAUUAUUUACCGCCUAAGUUUCGGUUUCGUUUCUCCUUCCCACUUCGGGAGCGCGCGCAGCAGCGGGCUGACGGGUAAAACUCCUGCAUGAGGCUGAGAUAAAGCUCUGUGGACUUGUAUCGAACAAAACAAUAACAUAGCUUCAACAGGCGUGACGUGCUGUUCUCAGUAUGCAGAGGGGCUUCCAGCUGGGCCUGCUGCUUCUGGUGGUCCAGCUGUUCCAGGAGGGUCUGGGAAACAUCCCUGCAGUCACCCUGGCUGUCCUGGGAUUCAAUGUGUAUCUGUACAUGUUCCCUGCUGCUCCUCUAUUGAAGGCCUGUGUGAGCCUCCAACAUGUGUACAAGUAUAAAGAGUGGCGUCGCCUCUUCCUGUCCCCCUUGCACCAUGUUGAUGACUGGCACCUCUACUUCAACAUGGUGUCCCUCCUCUGGAAAGGCAUCAAGCUGGAGCCAAGUCUGGGUGCAGCCUGGUUCCUCUACCUGCUGUCAGUCUUCUUCCUGCUCACCGGACUGGUCUAUCUGCUGCUGCAGGCGCUGCUGACAAAACUCACUGAGGAUUCAGAUCCAUUACUAGGAUUCAUAGACGUGUUUUCUCACAGCAACGAGUGUGCUGUCGGCUUCUCAGGCGUCCUGUUUGCUCUGAAGGUGGUCGGUAACCAUUACAACCCAGGCGGUGUGACCUAUAUGUUGAAUAUCCGUGUGUCCAAUCGCUUUGCCAGCUGGGUGGAGCUAGUACUGAUCUAUCUAAUCAAUCCCGGGACUUCUCUGGUUGGCCACCUGGCAGGUAUCCUGGUGGGUCUGCUCUACACUGUGGGUCCACUGAAGACCAUCAUGGAGACGUGUGCAGAGUUUGUAUCUUCAGAUGUAACUAUUCCACGGCCAAGUUCAUACCACAGCUCUUCAGGUGCUUCAGGCUACAGCGGGACUAGGCGAGGAAACUCAGAAGAGCCACGACACGCAGAAGACUCUACAACAGAUCAUACGUCUGAUUAUACAGAAUCUUACAUCGCAGGACUGACGGAGGAAGAGCAGAUAGAACUGGCCGUCAGAAAAAGCCUGAAUCAAAGAGGACAAACCGGGCAGAGAGGAACUGCACGUCCCCCUCAUGGUUCCCAGCCCAGCGAUGAGGAGCUGAGUCCUGAGGAGCUGCUCAGGAGGAGGAGACUGAGGAGGUUUGAACAGGGAUUUUCCAACCAGAGGAGGAGGAGACUCUAGAGACAGAAUGAGAAGACACCGUGACAGUAUCUCAUAUAUUCAGUAUCUUACCUGCAGUCCAUUCCAGCCGUGAUGUCGGUGUCCAGUGUUGUGAUUCACUGACUGUUGCUGGAAGAGCUGCUUCCAUCAGGCUGUCUCUACUUUGUGAUUCCAUAACUCUCAAAGACUUUCAGCCUUUGUUGAAAAAACCCAACUUUUGGCGUUCAUGUGUCAAAAUGGCAUCUUUGAGAAGUUUCAAUCUGGGUUUAGAGCCUCACACAGCACAGAGACUGCCCUCCUAAAGGUAACAAAUGACCUCCUUUAAGCAGCUGACCAGGGAGAGUGCACAAUUUGAAUUCUUGUAGACCUGAGUGCAGCCUUUGACACAGUAGCUGGGUUGGCAUCAAGGACACUGCACUCACUUGGUUCUACCUUUUAGAUAGAACCUAUUCAGUCACCAUAGGUAAUCAUGAGUCUUGCACAACUUGCAUUACCUGUAGUGAACCGCAAGGUUCAAUUUUAGGUCCAAUUUUACUCUCCAUCUACAUGCUUCUGCUCGGCCAAGUCAUCCUACACCACAACGUCUCUUUCCAUUGCUACGCACAUGACACACAGAUAUACCUUCCACUCAAACCUGAUGACCCAGAAAGCCUAGCUGCUGUUUUAGACUAUCUCAUGGAGGGAUCACUUGGAUGGCACAACAUUUUUUACAACUCGACUGAACCCCAUCAGUUCCUUUCAUAAGGCUCUUGGUCCCUGGUCCACAAAUGUGCUACCCACGGCCAGAAAUCUCAGAGUACUGUUUGAUUCCCACCUGACCUUCCACCGCCACAUCAAAAAAGGUGUCCUGUCCUGCUUCCUUCAAUUAAGAUCCAUCUCCAAAAUAAUAUCAAACCCCUCAUUUCACAACCCGAUCUGGUAAAAGUCAUUCACGCAUUCAUCUUCUCAAAACUGGACUAAUGCAACUCGCUCUUCUCUGGCACAAAUCAAAAGUCACUCUCCAUGAUUUUACUGAUCACUUUUAAUGCACGCCAAGGCCCCAAGCUACAUUACAGAGUUAACAACCCAAUAUAAGCCAAUACACAGCCUUAGAUCCUCAGGCAGGGCCCUUCAGGCUGCUCCAAAGUCGAGACUUAAAUCUAAAGGUGACUGUGCUUUUUCCAUCAGGGCCCCUCGACUUUGGAACGAGGAGAUAAGACAGAAUCAGUAACUUCUUUUAAAUCACUUCUUAAAACCCAUUUUUAUAGACUUGCUUUUUUGUUAUGUCGUCUUUUUAUCGUCUCCAUUUCGCUUCCAUUUCGCCCAUUUAUUGCUUUUAUUGUGUUUGCGAGCGUGUGUGUGUGUGUGUGAGUGUUCCUAUGCGGCAUCUGCUCCCUCUAAUUGUAUUUAUUUAUAUUGAAGCAUAUUGUUUGUCCUCCCUCUGUAACUCUACCUUGUAUCUAUCUUGCUGUGAUCCACCAGACCCAUCCAAACCAUGGCUGCUAGUUGAGAACCAAUAUAAUCUAGGAACAGGGACCAAAUCUUAUAGAAUACCUUGAUCAUACACUUAGACCUGUAUGUCAAAUAGUUAAAAAAUAAUUUUAUGCCACCCAGCUAUUGUGGGAGGUUUGGUUUUUAUAAGAUGUUUAAAGGAAGUUUAACAUUUUUCCAGCAGCUGAUUAGCUUAGCUUAGCACAAAGACUGGAAACAGAGUCAGGCCCAAUAACUUCCAGGAAGUUAUUGGGCCUGACUAAGGAAGAGUCUUAAUUUUUAGCUGUUGGAAGGAGGCUCAUGGCAUCAUGUCAUCUAUUUGCCAGUUAUGAAUGGGAAUGAGAAAAAAACACCAAAUUGCAAAAUGAAUAAAAGUCGUACAAUGUACAUAGUGGUGUUUUUUUAUUUUUAAAUUUAGGUUGAUAUUACUGCUCUGAUUUUGUAAUGAGCCACACACAGCAUCUGACUAUGACUGUGGAGACUGUGGUUCAUACCCCAUCUCCAGCAGUCACUGUCAGUUUCCUUUAGCCAAAACCCAAACUGAACCAAACCAAACCAGAAUCCUUUUGGGGAUGUUAAUCCUGUGACUCAGCCACCAGAUCAGAAAAACACUCAGAUGUGUCAUUUUCUAAGGCAAUGCCAAUAUUCAAGAGUGUAAACUGGUUUGUUGUGGUUCUAUUUACAUUAUAUUUUUACACAAUAAAGAUGUACUGCUCUCCAAAUUUCGCUGAGUGUAAUCCAUGUCUGUUGUGGAGGAUAUUUGUAAUGGAGGAUGUGGAGGCAGAGGAGAGCAGAUAGUUAGUCAUUAUUAUUUUGUUUGAGCAAAACAUUUGUAAAACACCCAGAAAAAAAUCAUACAGCGAGUGGAUAACAGGACUGUGAGGCAAGUGACUUUUGGUAAAAAUUAACAUGGAUAAAAAAUGUAAGAAAAUGCAACUCGGAGGAUGCCUGAUAUAAUAACAUCAUAAGUAACAAUGACAGCAGCUUUAACCAUCUGAAGGAUGAGAUGUGUACCACUGUUUUAGUUUGUAUUUGCUCUUUUAUUUCCCUUAUUUUCUCAUUCAUAUCUGUAUUGUGAAUUUCUGUAUGUACUCUCUUCUGUUAUAUACAAGAAAAACUCAACUCAAUAAAUAAAUGUUUUUAAAAAUAAAAAAUAUUACAUAUUGA